AUGAAGCUUAGCAGUUUCUCCGCGCUCCUCGUCGCCGGUGCCUCGCUGGCUGCUCAUGCUAACGCUGACUUUAAAAUCACCCCGGACCGCACUGUGAAGGCCGCCACAUCAAAGCACGUGAACUACGUCAAGCAGUGGACUCUGAGCGCCGGAACUAACACGGACUUUAUCGACUCGAUCGAUCUUAGUCUUGCUGGUAACGCGUUUGUGAGCUACGUCGACGGUCUCCCGGCCGACGUCAUUGGAUACGUGAACGUGUCGGGUGACUCGCGCGCUGUCGUCAAUGCGGUGACCGUUAGCAAGGAUGUCCUUAAUGACAUUGAAAAUGAUAUGAACGACUUGCUGGACAUCGAUAGCGACGGAGGAGAGCUCAACGUCUGGCUUGGCCCCACGGCUACCAGUGGUUAUUUGCUCACUGAGAUCUUCCUGGCUUCCCCCAAUGCCGUGACGAAGCUGAAGAGCCAGCGAUCGGCUCAAGUUGUCGUCGAGAACGGUGUGCUAGCGGUGAAGGGCAAACGCACUGAGCUGCAGAUUGACGCAACCGGUUCGAGUGCCGUGUACGUCUCAGACCCCAAGACCGACGUGAGCGUGAAAGAGCUCAGCUUGGAGACGACAGGCAAGGCGAGCAUUGACUAUAACGUGAAGAGCGUGGCCGCUCGUACUGAACUGAAGAUGGAGUCGAAAAGCACUUCGAGCAUUACAGUGCUUUCAUCCACCGUCCAGACCUCCACGCUGGAGCUAAAAGCGGACAUUUCGAGUUCCAUUUGCAUUUCCGCAAAGGAGGUGACGGCAAAGACGCCCACCCUUAAGGGCAAGGACCAGAUCUCCAUGCCCAACGCUGCCAAAACGUACGGUGCUGCCGGCACUGAAGCUUGUGAGGAGGCGGCGUUGCCUGCCCGCAAGGCUGGUAAAGUCACCGGCGUGGUUGCUGGACUUACCAAUAUCCUGACUGGCGAGGACAACGACGACCUCGAUGACGACAACGAGACGGAGGACUAAUUCCCAAUAGGAAAUUGAUAGCAUCUUUUCUUUCUUUAAGGUUAAGCAUGAUGUUAAACCGGUU